AUGGCUUCUGCAGACGAGGACAACUUUGAUAUUGACAUCUAUGGCGACGGAGAAGGCGACAUUACUGCCGAUGGGACCAUGGACUACAAGGCGGGUGAUGACGACGACCUCCAAUUCAAUAUAGACACAGACGAAGAAGCACCUCCUCCCAAGGAGUCCCAAGUCAAGACCGAGCUCGAGGAAGAACAACCACCACCACCAUCAACCUCCGUCCCUCCACAGCCUCAGCGCAAAGUCGAGGAUGACAAGAUCAAGAAAUCUGAGCCUAUUCCUUCCAAGCCCGCUGUCCCGCAACAGGGCGUCAAACGCAAAGAGACCUCGGACGAGAGACCUAUCGACCACGGCGCGACCAACGCUUUGAUGAUCUCCGAUUUGCAUUGGUGGACCACCGAAGACGACAUCCGGGGCUGGGUCAAUGAUGCAGGGGCCGAAGACGAGUUGAAGGACCUAACGUUCAGCGAACACAAGGUGAACGGCAAGAGCAAGGGCCAGGUAUACCUAGAGUUCUCGUCCCCUCAAGCAUCCACAGCCGCCAGGCAUAAGAUCGAAUCCUUGACCGGCAAUCAGCCGAGCUCUCGCAAGCACACCGUUGCCUUCACCAGUGCAACCCAAAAUCCUUUUAAGACGUUGCCCAAGGAUGCUCCAGCGCGGGCCCGAGACGAGCGACCUGCCAGAGGUGGGAGCUUCAACUCCGGACCUCGUGGCGACUACGGCUUGAAUAAUCAAGGUUUUCGCGGCGGCCGAGGUGGCAACUUCAACCGUGGCGGCUACAAUCAGAACAGCCAUUACAACCGCAACUUCUCGCCUCCCAUGGGCGGCUACAACAACCAGAACAUGGGCUUUCAAGGCACCAUGGGCAUGGGAAACAACUAUGGCGGCUUCAACAACAGAGGCGGUAUGAUGAAUAACAACAUGCGUGGCGGUAUGGGUGGAAUGCGUGGAGGUCGGGGAGGGAUGAACACCUUUAUGGGCAUGGCAGGCGGGAUGGGCGUGGGCAAUAUGGGUAUGAACCCUAUGAUGGCCGGGAUGGGUAUGGGUGGUUUCCAGGGCAAUCAGUUCAACCCCGGCAUGUUCAAUCAAGGACAAGGAUCGAAUUUUGGCGGGCAAGGGGAUUGGAACCAACAUGGGGCGAAACGCCAGCGACAGGAAUAG